CGUAGUGACACUGUGACAGCAAGUGAGGUUGAAGAAGCGGCACAACCGAUCGAGGAGUUCCCAUGGAGCAAGGCGGUAAGGCGGCGCUCGGGUGGGCUGCGAGGGACGCCUCCGGCCACCUCUCCCCGUACAGCUUCUCAAGAAGGGUGCAGAGAGACGGCGACGUGACGAUCAAGGUGCUCUUCUGUGGGAUUUGCCACACUGACCUCCACAUCAUCAAGAACGAGUGGGGCAACGCCAUGUACCCCGUCGUCCCCGGGCACGAGGUCGUCGGCGUCGUCACGGACGUCGGCGCUGGCGUCACCAAGUUCGAGGCCGGCGACACCGUAGGCGUGGGCUACUUCGUCGACUCCUGCCGCUCCUGCGAGAGCUGCGGCGCGGGGCACGAGAACUACUGCCCCGAUGUGGUGCUCGCCUCCAACGGCGUCGACAGCGACGGCGCAACCACCCAGGGGGGCUUCUCCGACGUCGUGGUCGUCGACCAGGACUACGUCGUCAGGGUGCCGCGGAGUCUGCCCCUGGACGCGGCCGCGCCGCUGCUCUGCGCCGGCGUCACGGUGUACAGCCCCAUGGUGGAGUACGGCCUCAACGCGCCGGGCAAGCGCCUGGGCGUCGUCGGCCUCGGGGGCCUCGGCCACAUGGCGGUCAAGUUCGGCAAGGCGUUCGGCAUGACGGUCACGGUGAUCAGCUCGUCCCCGGGCAAGCGUGAGGAGGCGACCGAGCGCCUUGGCGCCGACGAGUUCCUGGUCAGCCGCGAUACCGAGCAGAUGAAGGCCGCGGCGGGCACCAUGGACGGCAUCAUCGACACGGUGUCGGCGUGGCACCCGCUGGCAGCGCUGCUCGAGCUUCUGAAGCCGAUGGGGCAGAUGGUGCUCGUGGGAGUGCCCAGCAAGCCGCUGGAGCUGCCGGCCUUCGCCGUCUGCCCGAGCGGGAAGCGCGUGGCCGGGAACGGCGUGGGCAGCAUCGGCGACUGCCAGGCGAUGCUGGACUUCGCCGGGGAGCACGGGAUCACCGCGGACGUCGAGGUCGUCAGGAUGGACUACGUCAACACGGCGAUCGAGCGGCUCGAGAGGAACGACGUGAGGUAUCGCUUCGUCGUCGACGUCGCCGGCAGCCUGGGCGCCGCUGCUUAGAAGCCAGUAUAAUUGCCUGCUCGCGCACAACGCUCUU